UCAUUCUUUAAUUAAAUAUAUUGAUUAAUUUUAUGAGCAGUCAUUUCCGAUAGAUCACAAAAAUAUUUAUAACGGACACACCCCUCAUUCAAUAACAAUUAACAAGGAAGGAAUGUUUAAUAGUAAUUUUUUCGUUGCAAGGAAACGUUAUAUUAUAUUAGAGCUUAGCUCAUUCCAAUCAAGGUGAAUCCAUUUUAUAUAAAAUGAAUUAAUUCUAAAAGUAAAUCAUCAUUCGAUCGGUUUAUUUGAUAUAAGCAACAACUAUGAACUCCUUUGUUGUCAUUUCCAUGGUGGCCUUAUUGGCUUUCACCAAUGCUGGUAUCAUCCAGGGCCCCAGCUCCAAGACCACCCUGGUAGGACCUGAAGGCAGUGUCAUCUCCGCUGUAGCACCGGGAGGUCAGAUUGUGCAUGAAGAGCAUCCGGGAGUUAUCGCCCAUGCCCACCAAAUCCCAGUUGUAGCUCAUCAAGUGUCUGUAGCUCAUCAAGUACCAGUUUUAGCUCAUGAUGUCCCAACAACCGUUGUGGCUCAUGAUACUGGUGUACAUGGACAUGAAAACGCCAUCAUUUCUGGACCAUCUGGAACUGUAGCUCGCGGACAUGGUGUUGUAGUAGUUCCAGUUGUUUCUCAUGCUGAUGUUGAUGAUAAUGGACAUGAAGGACAAUACGUUCAUGACCACAGUGAGACUUUAUAUGAUGAUGGAUCUUAUAGGCCUCACUAUUAAGUUAUGAAGGGAGUGUUUUGGGUGUUCUGGUCUAUGGUCUGAGGCCAUAUUAGGUUUUUUUUGGGAUUUUUUUUGUAUAAAUAAAUAAAACCAUUGUGAUAAAUAA